AUGUCCCUGGCCUCCACUCUGGGUCCCCUGGCUCCCACUCAUGUCCCUGGCCUCCACUAUGUCACUGGCCUCCACUAUGUCCCCGCCUCCACUAUGUCCCUGGCCUCCACCAUGUCCCUGGCCUCACUCAUGUCCCUGGCCUCCACUCAUGUCCUGGCCUCCACUAUGCGGCCCCACACCCACAUGUCCCUGGCUCCACUCAUGUCCCUGGCCUCCACUAUGUCCCUGGCCUCCACUAUGUCCCUGGGCCUCCACUGUGUCCCUGGCUCCACUAUUAUAUCCCUGGCAGCCACUGUGUCCCUGGCACCCACUAUGUCCCUGGCUCCCACUAUGUCCCUGGCCCACUAUGUCCCUUUCACCCACUAUGUCCCUGGCACCCACUAUGUCCCUGGCCUCCACUUGUCCCUGGCCCACUAUGACCCUGGCCUCCACUCAUGUCCCCUGGCACCCACCUAUGUCCCUUUCACCACUAUGUCCCUGGCACCCACUAUAUGUCCUCCUUGGCCUGGUGCCUCCUGUCCCUGCCAUGUCCCUGGCACCCACUAUGACCCUGGCACCCACGACCCUGGCACCCACUAUGUCCCUGGCACCCACUAUGACCCUGGGCCCAGUAUGUCCCUGGCCCCACUGUCCGGGUCCCGGCACCCACUAUGUCCCUGGCCCACUAUGUCCUUUCACCCACUAUGUCCCUGGCCCAGUAUGUCCCUUUCACCCACUAUGACCCUGGCCCAGUAUAUCCCUGGCCGCCACUGUGUCCCUGGCACCCACUAUGUCCCUGGCCCACUAUGUCCCUUUUCACCCACUAUGUCCCUGGCCCACUAUGUCCCUUUCACCCACUAUGUCCCUGGCACCCACUAUGUCCCUUUCACCCACUCAUGUCCCUGGCCCAGUAUGUCCCUUCUACCCACUAUGUCCCUGGCACCCACUAUGUCCCUGGCACCCACUAUGUCCCUGGCCCAGUAUGUCCCUGGCCGCCACUGUGUCCCUGGCACCCACUAUGUCCCUGGCACCCACUAUGUCCCUGGCCCCACUAUGUCCCACCCACUAUGUCCCUGGCUCCACUAUGUCCCCACCCACUAUGUCCCUGGCAACUACCUCAUGUCCCUGGCACCCACUAUAUCCCUUUCACCCACUAUGUCCCUGGCCCACUAUGUCCCUUUCACCCACUAUGUCCCUGGCCGCCACUGUGUCCCUGGCACCCACUAUGUCCCUGGCACCCACUAUGUCCCUUUCCCUCCUUCCACCCACUAUGUCCCUGGCACCCACUAUGUCCCU